ACCACCCUACCAACCCACCCCGCCAAACGCCACUUAUCGAUCGACGACGUUCGGCCUCCCUCGUAUUCGCCCCCCUUGCAUACAUAAAUGCAUGCAUGCAUACAUACCGAUUCCGGCUCUGCAUCAGGUUCUCUUUCCCUGUUCAUACUACAUCCCCGCCUAUCUAUCCAUCCACCCUAUCUAGCUAUCCUAUCAAACUCACCCCGCCACCACACACAGCAUAACAUGCAUAUACCUCACCGAUCUGACCCCGAUUAUCUAUCCAAUAAUUCAAUUGAAUCGGCCCUUCAUCAUCUCUCAAUGUAUUCCCCCUUUCCACAAUGUAUGUAGGUGCGGUGUGAUUUUCCUGUCCACCGUAUUCAUCUUCUUACAUAGUUCCUCACACACUGCCAAUUCCCGGUUCCUUGGCCUUUUGCUGUACUUGCUAGGGAUUGGGUUACAGUGCUUUAGACUUCAAUCAAUCAGAUAACCUAAACCUAC